UAAAUUGCAAUUCGUCAAAAAUUUGCUCAAACCUGCCCAAAUUACAAUAUAUUAUUACCCAAACCCUAAAAAAAACUGAUUCGAGUUGCACCCCUCCGCCAUAUGAGAGACAUCCCAUGCUCUAAAUAUAAAACGAAAGGCAGUGUGAGGGGAAAGUCUUCACUAGAACUGCUCAACUAUCUUUAUACUAGCAUCUCUGCAUCACAACAACAAACUGAAACUUGAAUCUAAAGCUUUCAUUCGAAAUGAGGAGGCCUGGGCCUGGGGAUGGAUCAACGACGUUGAAGAGAGGAGGAGGUGGAGUGGGAGGGCACCAUCGCCACCAGCUGAAGCAGCAACUCACCGGAGGAGUCAAGGGACUGUUUGGGAAGUUGUCUAUUGCACUGAUUGUUCUAUUGAUCUGCACCCUCUAUUUCCUGUUCUCCAUCAAGACUAACAACCAGCCCCUUUCUCCAUCUCAGCAAAUCAACUUAGAGACUUUAUGGGGAACUGCUGCUUCUGGUGGUUGGAGACCAUCAUCUGCUCCACGAUCUGAUUGGCCCCCUCCUCUAAAAGAGAGCAAUGGCUAUCUGCGUGUUCGUUGUAAUGGUGGUCUGAAUCAACAACGCAGUGCGAUUUGUAAUGCUGUUCUUGCUGCACGGAUUAUGAAUGCUACGCUUGUGCUGCCUGAGUUGGACGCAAACUCCUUUUGGCAUGAUGACAGUGGAUUCCAAGGUAUCUAUGAUGUUGAGCACUUUAUCAAGGCGUUGAGGUACGAUGUCCAGAUUGUGGAAAGCAUUCCUGAAGCUCGGGUAAAAGGGAAGACCAAGAAGAUAAAAGGUUAUCAGCUUCGCCCCCCUAGAGAUGCUCCAAUAAGUUGGUACACCACAGUUGCUCUAGGGAAGAUGAAGGAACAUGGUGCUAUCUACCUCACUCCCUUUUCACAUCGCUUGGCAGAAGAGAUUGACAACCCUGAAUACCAACGGCUGAGAUGCCGAGUUAAUUACCAUGCACUUAGAUUUAAGCCACAGAUUAUGAAGUUAAGUAACUCAAUAGUCACUAAACUUCGUGCAGAAGGUCACUUCAUGUCAAUACAUCUUCGUUUUGAGAUGGAUAUGCUGGCAUUUGCUGGUUGCUUUGAUAUAUUUACUCCUGAAGAGCAAAGAAUAUUAAAGAAGUACCGGAAGGAAAAUUUUGCAGAGAAGAAACUCAUUUAUAGUGAAAGAAGGGCCAUUGGAAAAUGUCCAUUAACUCCGGAGGAGGUUGGUCUUAUCUUGCGUGCAAUGCGGUUUGGCAAUUCCACCAGGAUAUACCUUGCAGCUGGUGAAUUAUUUGGUGGUGAGCGAUUCAUGAAACCUUUUCGUUCCAUGUUCCCUCGCCUCGAGAACCACAGCACAGUGGAUCCCAGUGAGGAGCUAGUGGAGAAUACUGGUUUAAUAGGCUCUGCUGUGGAUUACAUGGUUUGUCUUCUCUCCGACAUUUUCAUGCCAACAUAUGAUGGCCCAAGCAACUUCGCCAAUAACCUCCUGGGUCACCGCCUCUACUAUGGUUUCCGUACCACAAUCCAUCCUGACAGGAAAGCUCUUGCUCCUAUCUUUAUUGAUCGGGAGAAGGGGAAAAUGGCCGGUUUUGAAGAAGCUGUUAGGCGUGUGAUGGUCAAAACAAAUUUUGGUGGGCCCCACAAGCGGGUCUCACCUGAGUCUUUCUAUACGAACUCUUGGCCUGAAUGUUUCUGCCAAACAUCACCAAAGAAUCCUGCUGACAAAUGUCCGCCAGAGAAUGUUUUGGAAAUCUUAGAGAGCCAAUUGGAGGGUGAAAUGACCAGUGAAUCAGACACCUUGAUUCCAUCAAAUUUGACAUCUAUGGCGAAAUAAAUAGGAAAUUGACUUGAACCUAGUAGUGGUGGUCAUACUAAUCCCUCUGCGAUGCAACACUGCAAUGCCAGACUGGAGAAUGGAGUGGGUUUUUGUUACCUAGUUCAGCUUCUCAGUUCUCACUGGUGGCAUCAUCUUACGAACUCAUCAUUCUCUUUUGGGUGGCUGGUGGGCAGUUCAUCUUAUCUGGGGAAUGGAGGAUUCGACUCAUCUUAUGCACUGAGAGAGAAUGCAAAUUAUUUUUGAUCAUGCCUUGGACCGAGAUGAAAUUUUGUGCAUGUAUUAAUAUUUGCCCCUUGUGUAUUGACAUUUUUGUGUUGAAGUGACACUCUAGUUGAUUGAGUAGUUAGUUCUCUACUAUAUUCAGAAAAAUAAACAGAAAUACAAAAGGGUUCUAAGCAUGAGCAUGCAUACCAAAUCAUGCCAUUAUAAUUUGGCAAAUUAAUAUAAUCUAGCAUUAAGUUGAGUAUAUUAUACAAUCA